CAAGCAUCCUAAAGCAGAGUAGCAACAGAGAAGCCCAUUGGCCGGCAGAUCACAGCAGCUGAAAUAGCUAUGUAAACACUUUCCCUCUCUCCGUGAGCCCCAGUAAUUAUAGCCAGGAUGCUGGUGACGACAGUUGUCCCAUCGAGACUUCAAAUGCUGGAAUAAAUUUGACAUUAUGAUAUUUGAUCUCGGCUCCAUUGGCGCGCCCACGUAAACAGUGGGGAGCGGUAUAAAGGCUGGGGACCCCGGCUGGAACAGAAGUUGUUUACCCUUUAGCUCAGCGCUCCGGACUUAACCCUGACACCGAGGCGUGACUGUAGGGGAACUGGGGCCCUUUAAAUCCAGCUCGCGGGGGGUUUACGUAACAGAGAGGAGGAAAAGUGAGGGGGAAGCACCGCAGAGAGGGGACUUGACAAUUAGGAGCCGAGGGGAGUGAAUGUGUUGGAGAGGACAGUGCGCAGAGCAGACUGAGGAUUAAUGCUGGAGCAGUGAAGACAUUUAUUCUGACAGAGUGUUUCCAGGCCAUCGAUCCCUCCGAACAGACCGUGACCUCUGACAGGAAACAGGAGAAAGGGGAAAUUGCCAUUUAAAGGGGGCCUCUGGGUAUUGAACGGCCUGCGUCAUGGCAGCCAUUGAUCUGGAGCGUGGGCUGGAACACGGAGGCAGAGGCUGGGGACAAGAGAGGCCGGAGCUGAUGGACAACUUCGACUCGGAGAUGCAGGAGUGGGAGGACCAGCUGCAGGACAUCCAGAGGAAAAUCGAAGAGUUGUACAAUGAAGUCCAGGCCCGCAGAGGAGCGAACGAUAUCACUACUGACAGCCAGAAAAAUGGCGGCGAGUUGGAGUGCCACCACGGCAACGGUCUUUUUGCACCCGGCCAUCACGGCAAGAAUCACGCUGGAGCUAUAACUGUGCCACAUCACUAUAGCAACGGCUGCAACUACAGCUCCAAUGGGUACAGCUACCCUGUUAGUCAUCAGAAUGGCUACGGUUACUGCCACGCCAACUCAGAGAUCGGAGACUUGUUGCAGGAUUACUUGGGGCAGGGGAAGCAGAUGAGCCGGAAGAACAAUGGAGCUCGCCACGUGCGCUUCAGUGACACAAUCAAGGUGAGCCCAGGAACAGAGAUCAGAAGAAGUUCUGGAAAUGAAAGGCCUAGUCACGAGCAGUUUUUGGGUAGUUUUGAGGAGACUGAAAACAGGAAGAACCAAGUGUCUCACAUGAAGAGCUCCCCCCGCAGAGAGAGUUCCCCCAACAAAGAAAACACAGGUGCCAAGCCCCCUCUUGGACAAAGGGAUGCUCCUGCAGUACAGCCACGCUCACAGCUCCCAAUCACAACAGCUGAAUCUCCUGCCCUGGACAGGAAGUCCAUCGGCCCUGGCGUCCUGGGAGACAGGAAGUGUGGCAGCCCCUCUGUCCUCAGGAAGUUUGGAGCCAUGCUGCAGGAAAACGAGGGCAAAACGCUCACCGAAUCCGGGGUGGUGACCCAUCAGGGGCUGGCUCCAGAGCCAAAGUGCCCCACCCCUGGCUGUCAGCGCAGAGCUCUGGGAGCCACUGCAGUCGGCGGCAGGGCGCCCAUGCGCGUGCCUACCCAGAAAUGCCAAGCAGAUUCCGACGUGCUGACAGCAGAGGUAGAACCUGGCCAAGAAUGGGGGUUAGCAUCAGACUCUGGUAGACAGAACCACGGCAAAGAUCACAGAGGAGGCUACAGCGGUUCUAAAGGGUCCCAGCGGAGUCCACAGCUGGCCCAGAGGAGAUCACAGGUGGCGGGCAGCCCAAAGAUUAGACCCAGGGCGAACAGCGGGGCAGACAGAGAUGGAGCUCAAGGGGAGAGAGCAAGGAAGCUUGCACCCCAACAUGGGGAGUCUAAAAUGGACUACAGGGUCUCAAGUGCUUCAUCUGGAGCUCAGAAGAUCCAAAGGGGAGGGUUAGCUGGACAGGAGUCGCCAAGUUGUGGCAGAGUGAGGGAUGAAGGACUUAUUGAGCUGCUGGACAUGCUGGAGAUCCAACAUGAGUACAGCUCCAGUCCCAGAGCAGGAAACACAGCUUACAGACAGGAACCACAGCAGGUAAACCCAGCCCAGUUGUCCCCAGCCAAUCUUAAGAAGAGCUUCUCUCGUCCUGCGCGGCCAGCCAACCAGCGACCUCCCUCCAGGUGGGCUGGCCGCACCCCUACUGCCAUCAUCACCACCCCAUCAGGCCCAAUGUACCGUCCCCCAAGCCCUCUGAAUCGCCCCCCAAGCCCCAUGACCAGAACCCCAAGUCCCGCCCUGAAGCACCGGCCUCUCAUGACCUACUCUCUUCAGACUGAGACGGUCAUUAUGUGACACUUUCCAUUUCAAUAGGAAAACCCUCUCUGUGUAAAUAGUAAGGACUUUUCUGUGAAACAAAGUGCUUUAAGAGAGUUACAACGAGAUGCUUAAUUUCACCUUGAUGCCAUGUUCGAGAGAAAAACACAUCCACAACAUUCUCCAGUGUUGCUGUGGCUUUUUGCUUCUUCUGUGCUGAAACCUUUGCCAACACAUUAACAUAUUGCUUAGUUGCAGUUCCCCCCCUUUAUCCUCUUUUUGUAUUGAAUUUCAGGUGUUUUCUGUAUUAUGAGAUUUUGCAUGCAGCCCCAGUUUGAGGGUGCAUGCUCAUGUGUUUCAUCCUCAUGGUUGCCACGUUGAAUCAAAUUCAACCUGACCACCAGCAGGAGCAGAUUAAGUCGCAACUGUGCUCCCAGCAGCAGCAACCUGCUAACUGUCAACAACAGUGUGUUUUACUGUAUCAUAUUGUCAAAGUAAUAUAUUUAAGAUGUUCAAAUAACAGCUGUGACAAAUGACUAUGAUAUGCCUUUAAUGUAUUUUUUUUUCUUGGUAAUAAAUAUGACAGUGCUUUGACUUGAAGACUCUCGUCUCUGUGU